UAAUUAAUAAAUAUAUAUUGAUUUUUUUUUUUUACAUACUGUGCGUUACAGAUUUUUUUUCUUGUCCACCAAAUAUUAACACGUUUUCUACGGCUUUCUUCACAUUUUUCUUAAUAACAGUGUUAGGCCAAACUCUGGCAAUGUAAUCCCCAGUCUUAUUAAAAGAUUAUUCGCCAGAGACAGGAAAGAUAGCGUCUCGAGGCAAGAACAGUUGUAUUUAAUCGUUGCGAGGUGGCCAAACUGGGUCACGUCCGCCUAUGCACGCAGCAGGUAGCGUAUGCAUCUGUCACAGCUAAUCAAUAAGAAUAUGUAGGCCAUCGCUCGCCUUAUUGACAACCCCAAAACACAAAGGAAGACCACGGUAUCAUUCACUUCACGACGGUAUACUACAUCAGCAGACACCCAGGUAAAUCCUUCACCUUAAGCCAUAGCCAUGUCUCUACGACCUCAAGUGAUCCAGCUGUACAAGAACCUGCUGUACAUGGGUCGUGAGUACCCCAUGGGCUAUGAUUACUUCAGGGAGAGACUCAAGAGGGCCUUCCUCAAGAACAAGCAUGAGACUGACCCCAAGGUAAUCGAGGAGAUGAUUGGACGCGGCGAGUACGUCAUCAAGGAGAUCGAGGCACUGUACAUGCUGAAGAAGUACCGGACUCUCAAGAGGCGUUACUAUGAUGUCGAGUUCACCAACAAACAGGCCACCAACUAAUUCCAUGUAACUUUGUUCAUUUCAACAGUGAUUUGAAAAUAUCACUUGUUUGUUUGGUGCUCAGAAAAGUCUCUAAAAACUGAGUGAGCAUAAUAUCUAAGUAAGUUACCUGUUAAUUUGGAUUAGAGCUAAAAUUUACCUUGGAGAAAACUUGUGUCUGAAAUGUAGGUAUUACAUGUGUUGCAAAAUAUGGAUGUAAAUUAUUGAACAGAGCUCUGGAUGCAUUGGUAAUGAGGAUUAUAAAGAACAAAAUUCAAUUUAGUUCUGUGCUUACAAUUCCCUGAAAACAAUAUACUUAUUUGUAGUAUUAAAGAUGGCUGAGCAAAACUAGAGAACUGUAACUACAUAGCUUGUGAACAUGAGCAAGGAGAUACUGUCAGGUUGGAGGCUCACUCACUUUAAUUCACAGGGAACUCAUAUGAAACGAUUAUUUCAGAUUCUCAAUAGUAUUAGUGGACUGAAUAUUCACCAAAGGUUGCCGCUGACUGGGGAACUGAUUGUCACACAGCAUCUCACUUCUUCGCCUUAAUAGUGCUGUACAUGUGUGUUUGUCUCACACUUGGUCUAGGCCUGCACUGAACUCAACACCAUUUGCUGUACUGGCACCAGACUAAUGUAGAAACCCAAGGAAAGUCUUGCCUUGUGCCACACUAAACUUGCAGUAAUCAAUUAUCUGGUGAAAUAAGGACAGACUUACAUGUCAACAUUUUAACCCAAUGCCAAUACCAUUCUGCUUCACAAACCUUCAAACAUCUAUAUUCAAUUCAGUAGUAUGGCAUCAAUAAGCAUGAGAAAAUUUCAGAUGUUAAAUUUAGUGGCUUCUGCUAAGUGGCUCUCACCUAAGGAUAGUAUUGCUCACAUAAAUAAUUUGAUACAGCUGUCAUAACAUCCUUUCUUGACUGUUUUAAGUGUCUUGUGUAAUGGUAUUUCACUCAGAAAGGGAAUUAGGUGGAAUUUUGUUCUUGGUCCUGUUUUUGAUUAUGUGAAUCAUAUUUAAUGAAAACAACUAUUAGAGAGAAGCAGGAUAUGCAGAUAAUUGAAUUUAAUGGGAAUUUAUGUUACACAUUGAUGGUUAUUUCCUCCUCCUGUGAGCUUUAGUGUUCUCCAAAGGGUGCUUCUACAGGAAUUAUGGUUUAGUAGGGAGUGGUGAUGACAUAACACGAGUGCUCAUGUGUGCUGCAGCAAUGUGUUCAUCUUUUUUCAUUGAAUCAUCUCACCACACACCUCAUUAAACAAAUCAUUUCCACUUAGCUCAUUCAUGAUACACCCAGACAUAUUUUGCAUUGUUUCAUCCAUCCAGAAAGCACAAGCACCCCACCAAACAAUAUAUCUGACAAAGCUCUUGGCUGUGACUUAGUGAUAGGUUCUGUACUGCUCUUCAACAUGGUAAAUAAAGCUAAAAUACUACAAGAUUAGCUUUUAGAGUGAAUCAAGGUUAGCACCCAUCUCAGGACUUGCAUUUUAUUUGUGUAUAUUUUUGGCAGAAGACUAAAUAAUGUAUGGUUGUUACCUGUGUAUUAAAGAUGACUGGUUCAUGGA